AGUUCUUCAGGCAUCAGAAGCAGGCUUGACUUGACCUUGAAGGAUAUUGGGACCAUGGUUGUGGUGGCUGACUUCUCCCUGUCCUGCAUUUUCCCCACAAAGAUGAUUGAUUGCUUCACCAAUGGAACUAUGGCAGCUCUUGCUGUGAAAGUGGAAUCUGUCCCCAGCUUGUCUCCAAGUCAACUAACUCUAAGGGAUCCAAGUUGCCGGCCUCUUCAGUCUGAUGCUAUCAAUGCGCUUUUCUACUUCAAUGUCAACUCCUGUGGCACAACUAGAAGGUUUGACAACAACCUCCUGACUUAUGAGAAUGAAGUGCUGUUCACAUCUUACCGGUUGAGAGUUGCCUGUCACUAUCUGGUCAAUGACACCAAGAUAGUGCAGUUCUUGUACCAGAAUAAUCCUGCACCUGUAGUCCAGCCUGGCUUGGGGGACCUUGCAGUCAUCAUGCGGCUUGCAUUGGGUAUGACUUGGUAA